AGUUUGUAAAAGUAUAGUCAAUUGAAUUGAUAUCUCGUGUAGAAACUCAUCUAGGAAAGAUUUUAUAUCUUCAGGUGGCUAAUCUGAUAUAAGAUACCACUAUAAUAUUCGUUCUAACAAAAAAAGACACACUUUCCAACACCCUCUACUUCCUUGAAAGGUCCGAGCUCUGUUCCUGCUAUCAGGUAUCUUGGGCUUGACUUGUGAAAGUCAAGAUUUUGCGUUAUAAAUUGUGAAAUGUCAGCGGUAGACGAUAUUUUGGAAAGUUGGGAAGACAUAGAUGAUCCAGGGGUCCUUGAUAAAAAAUUGGAUGUUCUCCGAUUGAAUGCUGUAGAAGCAUUAGAAGAGAUAGAAGCUUCUAGCUUAAAGAUUAAUAAUAAUAAUACAAAUAAUACAAGAAUGAUAAUUUUGGGUGAAGAUGGGAUGAGAUCUCAGUAUGUACCUCCAAAGCCAACAGUAAAGAUAUUAAAAAGACCUACAAGAGAUUCCCAAGGUAGUGGCGAUGGUCCAUUACUAAAUGGAGACAAACCGAAACAACCUAUUAAAUCAUUAAAACAGAGGGAGCAAGAAUAUGCAGAGGCAAGAAGAAGAAUUUUAGGAGAAGAGAAAAGUCCUGAAGAAAAAGUAAUACAAGAAAUAAAUAGAAUUCAACCAAAGUCAGUUGUACCAGGUGGAAGUGCUCUUCCCAGUAAUGUUACUCGUAUGCCUAUCGGUCCAGAUGGAACACGGGGAUUUAAUGUACGCAGGUAGCAUGUCUUCCAGGGAACUAUCCUUAUCACCCAUCUUUUUCCUCUCCUUCCUUCUUCUUGGCAUGGGAAAGAGAGGCGGCUAUGAGGCCGACAGCAGAGAGCAGCCUCGUGUUCCUGAUCAACUGCGAGCAUUUAACUCGAUUGGUCUUAAGAGGAACACAUUGAGAGCUGUGCCCUGCAGGUCAUUACAUAGAGAUCGCACACGUGGAUCCAGAUUAUAUUUUAUCGGCGAAGAAACGUCACUAUAAUGGUGGUAACAUUCAUUGCCAGAUUAAUAUUAUGAUUUGUUGAUGUUUGUUAUAUUUUAAGAGCUCCUAUUUGAAAAAAAAAA